CGUGCAUCAAGACGCUGUGGUUGAACCGACGAAGGCUCUGCUAUCCUUCAGUGCUUGCCGAUUGCUUAGCUCUACCAUCAACCGCGGACGGAUCAGUGACUUUGAUGCCCUGCCGGUGAAGAGAGACCGCGUCGACCUGCAGCGCGCAAAUUCAGCAGACGGUCGCACUGAUGAUGCGUGAUCUCAUGGCCCCAUGCUAUGCAACACCAUCAAAGUUGGUCCGCAUAAUCGUCCGACCCGCACGCUUUUGAUCGGUCCAUGGCAACGAGAACCGGUGCUCGUUUUGAACCAUGCUCAGACGAGAGGCUGGUAUAAAACGACCCAGAUGCUCCCUCUGCUGUCCUCUAGUCUCGUUCUCUCUUCCUUCAGACCCAUCCGACUGAGUCGGCAGCCUUCAUACUUCGCUUCACCUAGCCUAACGCCGGACGUACCUUACGCCUCGCAUCUGUCCCUCCUUACUUGACGACUAGCUCGAUCCAAAUCCCCCCACGCCAAUUUCGAAGCAAAGAUGAAGUUCUCCAACAACUUUAUGAUUCUCGCUGCCGUCCUCGUCGCAUCCGUGGCGUCAAUCCCCAUUAAGAGAGACGUGGACCCCGCCCUCGUGCCCGACUUCGGUCAUGCCGCGAAUGUUAACCCCACCGGCACUGGUGACUGCGAUGGCGCCGUUAACGGUGCCAACGGCCAGCCGAUCAAGGUUCCCUGCAGCUGCCCCCCUGACAGGCAAACCUUCAUCAACGACUUGAACGCGAACGUUGCCGCCGGCCACGCGGUCAACAACCCGUCGAUCGCGGUCUCCUUCCCCUCCGACAACUCCCAGGCCUCGCAGCUCGCGCGCAUCAACGCGGCGCUCGUCACCCUGCAGAACUUGAACGGCCCCGGUGUCGGCUGCCCGGCGUCCUCCACCACCUUCGUCGCGCAACAGCAGGCGAUCCAGUCCGGCGCCACCAACCAGGCUGCCGCUGCUCCUGCCCCCGCUGCUCCCGCGCCGGCUCCUGCUGCCCCUGCGGACCCCAUCGCGGCGUUGGCGCCCUCGCUCGGCUUCUCGAGCGGCGUGAACCCGACCGGCACCGGCGACUGCGACGGUGCCGUUAUCGGUGCGAAUGGCCAGCCCGUCAAGAUUCCUUGCAGCUGCCCGCCGGCACAGGACGUCUACAUCAACGCCCUCAAGGCGAACGUCGCUGCCGGCCACGCUGUCAACAACCCCUCGAUCGCCGUCAGCUUCCCGACGGACGGCUCGAACGCGUCGCAGGCGGCCCGCAUCCAGGCCGCGCUCGUGACUCUCCAGAACCUGAACGGCCCCGGCGUUGGCUGCCCCGCGGCGUCCACUACCCUCUCCGCCCAGCUCAAGGCCGUCCAGUAAACGGCAGUAGUUCGCAGUUAAAAGGAGUCUCGGGAAAAACCUCAUCUUGUAUCGAUAACAUAAGUUAUUGGCGUAAUAUCUGGCUGUCGCAGCUUAAUUGGUCCAGUGCCGUGGCAUUCUGGAUUUGACAUGAAGAUACCCGUUCGUGCGUGAGCGGAAAGAAUCAAUGUUAAU